AGGGUGGGUUGUGUGACGUCAGGUCGUUUAAUCCGGAAACGGCGACCGCCGCCGCAGAGGCUACCGAAUCGAGGGGUUGUCGUUGGUGGAGUUCCCAGGCUUCGGAGGGAUAGGGGCGUGACCCGGAAGCGGAAGCCCAUCGUUCUCUCGGCUCCGGUCUGACGGCUGUCCCAGACGUGCUGGUGGACUCUCACCACCAUGGACCUGUUGUUUGGGCGCCGGAAGACGCCAGAGGAACUACUUCGGCAAAACCAGAGGGCCCUGAACCGAGCCAUGAGAGAGCUGGACAGGGAACGACAGAAACUAGAAACCCAGGAAAAGAAAAUCAUUGCAGACAUCAAAAAGAUGGCAAAGCAAGGCCAGAUGGAUGCUGUUCGAAUCAUGGCAAAAGACCUGGUGCGCACUCGGAGAUAUGUACGCAAGUUUGUAUUGAUGCGGGCCAACAUCCAGGCUGUGUCCCUCAAGAUACAGACUCUAAAAUCCAACAAUUCAAUGGCACAGGCCAUGAAGGGUGUUACUAAGGCCAUGGGCACCAUGAACAGACAGCUAAAAUUACCCCAGAUCCAGAAGAUCAUGAUGGAGUUUGAACGGCAGGCAGAGAUCAUGGACAUGAAGGAAGAAAUGAUGAACGAUGCCAUCGAUGAUGCCAUGGGUGAUGAGGAAGAUGAAGAGGAGAGUGACGCUGUUGUGUCCCAGGUCCUGGAUGAGCUGGGACUGAGCCUCACAGAUGAGCUGUCAAACCUUCCCUCCACCGGAGGCUCACUCAGCGUGGCUGCUGGUGGAAAGAAAGCAGAGGCCACAGCCUCAGCCCUGGCUGAUGCCGAUGCAGACUUGGAAGAGAGGCUCAAGAACCUCCGUAGGGACUGAAAGCACUCCACUGGCCUCAGUGCAUACACCCUGCCCACCCCACCCUACCCCCAUAAUAAAGAAAUUUGAACACAAACUUA